AUGUUGAAAAAUCUAGCGCUGUUAAUCUUUAUUUUUAUCAUUGCAUUCUUCGGUAAUUUAACUUAUGCUGCGACACCUACAAUACCUUUUAAAUGGAGUAGAAAUGAAUUAUUUGGAGCAUUUCAGGAUGAUGCAUAUCAAGUUGGAACAUUCUCUAAUCAAUCCUCUUUGGUAGAAAGAGCCGUUUACAUUUGUGAACCUGGAUAUUCUCAAUGUCCAAAUUCUGCUUUAUGCUGUUCCACACAAUGCAGUAUAAUUUGCGGCGAUAACAGUGGAUGUUGUCCAUCCGGUUAUGGUUGUUGUGAUGAUGGACAACAUUGUUGUCAGACAGGUUAUAAAUGUUGUGGAAUAUAUUGUUGCGAUCCAGAUACCUCCCAUUGUUGUAGUGACAAAAGUGGUUGUUGUAUGCUAGGUUAUGAAUGUGCUGGCAACGGCUUAUGCAGUAGACCAACGUUAUCACCAACAAUAACACUAAUAACACAAGAAGUUGUUGAGUAUAUAGUUAGGUACAUUAGAGUAAUAAAAUGGGCAACAGAAAAUGGUUAUUCUAAUGAAGAGGCUGAUGAAUUAGAAGAAACUGCUGAAAAAUUAGUAGAGUGCAUAAACAAUUUUGGAAUAAGUUUGGCAAAUUCAAGUGUGACAAAUAAUGAUUCUUGUAUUUCAUGUGAAAAUAUCAAAAGUUUAUCUAAUAUUGAUAUAGAUUUACCACCAACAAAUUACGAAAUUAUAGUAAUAUUAAAGUUAUUAUAUUCGUUAAAAGAAGAUAUAAAGGAUGCUAGUGAAUGUAAAUUUAACUUAGCAUGUAUGAAUGGAGCUGAUUCUUGCUCACAAAAUUCACCAACAAAUUUCCCAAAUUUACCAUCUGCUUCGGGAUAUAAUUCAAAUACUGCAAUCACAAAUAGUAUUAGAUGUUAUUCAAUAAUAUCCUUAUUAUAA